AUGCACAGCGCGCAGCGUAACACCGCAAUAAGAUGGGCCAUCGUCAUUUUCUUGUGUCUGCUAGCAAUCUACACGUGGAGAACGCCCCGAUACAAGGGAUCAUACAGCGUGCCCGAUACGAAAGAGACUUUUGCCACACUGUCGGAAGCUCAAAGCCCCGCCAGAAUCUACGAUGACGACUUGACCGGUGCGAAACAGAAAGUCCUCGCACAAUCCAAGCAGGAUACGACAUACAAAAUCGCAGAGAACCCAAAGGCACCCCUCUUCCCCGCCUUCCGAACUUCCUCCAAUGAGCUCGAACGCCAGACAUACGAUCCCUACCCGAGAUACAACAGCAGGCCAUGGAGGAGGAAAUGGAGAGGCUCGUUUGCUACAUGUCAAGGUCCCACAGGCGAGAAUCUUGGGAUGGAAGCUAGGACUCUCACAGCAUUCGCGAUUGACGAAGAUCAUCCUAUUCCUCAGCCAAUGUUCGGCUCGUACGAUGAGACUGGCGUCGACUCGAAGUUCUGCUUCGAUCGCUUCUCCCGCUUUGGGCCAUAUGGGCUCGAAGACGACACGAUAGAACUCGGUACUCAGUCACCCAUCGAAGUAGAAUGGAAGACAGUGAGAUGGGGUGCUCUUCAGAAUGACUGCCUUGAAAGGAAUGCCGAACGUUUUGAACCUAUCCAGAGACCCAACGGAACUUCGUUCUGGAUGCCUACUGAAGGAGACUUUGCCGAGAUAGACGAGGUGCUAUAUUUUCCUUCGGAGCAAAGAAAGAGCUUGCUCUCCAAAGGCGCAUCGUACAAGAAGCGCUCCGCAAUAGUCCUACACAUGCACGCUGCAACCGAAUAUACUGUCGACACAACAGAAUACAUAAGAUCUCUUAUUACAGAGCUGUCCCUACAUUCCGGCGCUGAGUAUGAAGUCAUAGUCAUGGUGGAAGCAAAGUGGUCACAUCUAGAAGACUACGACGAAGACACACGCCACUCGAUCUUCGAGAAUCCUGGCUCCUACAAAUUCAGCCUCACCAAGACGGUGCCCGAGGAAUUCAGGGAGAACGCCGUCCUCUACACUCCCGCCCUGCUAAAAGCAUGGUAUGCCAAACUUAGCAACAAGCCAAAGUACGACGAUCCACCUGACCCCCGCUACGAACAAAUGGGCAUGAAAUAUCCCCCACUAACAAGAUCGGACAGUGACAACCCUCCCAAAACGCAACGCCAACAAGCCCUCCAGCUCCUCUCCCUCCUCCGCCCAGACAUCGAGCACUUCUGGCAACUCAAUCACAACUCCCGCUACUCAGGUCAUCACUAUCAACUGCUCGAGACCAUGUCCACCUGGUCGCGCUCGCAACCCCGUCGAGGUCUCUGGGAGCGCAGCGCCCGCUACUUCAUGACCGCCAUACACAAAGACUGGGCAACAUUCACCUCGAAAGUUGUUAAUUCCACCCUCAAAGCCACCGGCGACGGCGGCGUCUGGGGUCCCGUUCGCGUCAAGUCCGUCGAACCCGUCGUCCCCGAUCCUCCCUCCGAAACCCCAGAAGAAGACCUCAAAUACGAGUGGGGCGUCGACGAAGAAGCCGAUUUGAUUACCGCAGCACCCAUAAUCGACGUCACGGGCACGGGCUCUAAAGAAGAGAUCAUGGGGUAUUCGACGGGGACAAAGACUCCGCAGCGCAUGGUCACACACCAGAUAAUGACACGCUACUCCAAGCGCCUGCUGAGGGCCAUGCACCACGGGCAAAUCACUCUCGGCACGUCCAUGCCUAUGGACCGCUACCCCGCCAGUACAGCACUGCAUCAUGGGCUCAAAGCCGUGACCUUCCCGUUGCCCACGUAUCUGGAUUAUGCGAAGGUCGCACAGAACGUGGAUAAAGAGUACAAUUAUCGGGAGGUGCGGAAGGUAGUGGAUGAUAGUAAGCUAGGACGGAAAGACGGGGAGGUGGUGAGAGCGAAGACACAACUUGAACAGAGGGCGAAUUUUGACGAUAUUGCAAACCGGAUGAGCUUCUUUGAGGUGGAGAAUAAGGAGAGUGCGUUUGCGGAUGAGCUUUAUAAGCGGUGGUUGGGCUAUGUGAGUGCUCUCCCAUAG